AUUCCAUCUAUUUCAAUUUUUUUUGGUGUAUUAGGAAUUUGAUUGGGAAGCAGCUGUGCAAGAAAUUGAUGUGGCAUGCCAGGCAACUAAUGCUGAAAAACCCACCUUCAUUUCCAAUUUUAACUGUGGUUCAGAAAUUAAAUCGAAUCCUGUUCAAGAAGUGCAGAAAAAAAGAAAAUUUGAUUCUAAUUUUAGUUCAGUCUCUUCAACUAGGCAAUCCACAUUAGAUAGAUUUGUCGGGUUUUCAUCGAGUUCUAAAAAAUCCGUGCAAAAGGUGGAAUUUUCAAAUGGGUUUUUCGGAAAUACUAGUAAUAGCGAUAGUAUUGGUCAUAAGAAUGUUGUUGGGUGUGAAGAUACUGAGAUGCUUGAUGAAUUUGUUAAGAUUGAUGCCGAGGCUGCCAAGACCUGGAUAUAUCCCGUGAAUAUCCCACGUCGUGAUUAUCAAUUCUCUAUCACGAGGACUGCACUAUUUUCGAAUACUUUAGUUGUAUUGCCAACGGGACUUGGAAAAACUCUUAUUGCUGCCGUUGUCAUGUACAAUUAUUUCAGAUGGUUUCCUCAAGGAAAAAUUGUUUUUGCUGCUCCAUCUCGACCACUCGUAAUGCAACAAAUAGAAGCUUGCCACAAAAUUGUCGGAAUUCCACAAGAGUACACAAUUGACCUAACAGGCCAGACUAGUCCUACGAAAAGAGCAGAGUUUUGGAAAAGUAGACGAGUUUUUUUUGUUACUCCACAAGUUUUGGAAAAGGAUAUACAUUCUGGCUCAUGUUUGGUGAAGCAUCUGGUCUGCUUGGUGAUCGAUGAGGCACAUCGAGCUAUGGGAAACUUUGCUUACUGUGGUGUAGUCCGUGAGUUGAUGGAUACUUCUGUUCAACUAAGAAUACUAGCACUGACAGCAACACCAGGAGCUAAACAGCAGACAAUUCAGCAUGUAAUCAACAAUCUUCAAAUAUCUACACUUGAAUAUCGAGAUGAAAGUGACCCCGAUGUACUUCGUUAUGUGCACGAAAGAAAGAUAGAACUGAUUGAGGUUGCGAUGGGUGAUGAAGCAGUUGAAAUAAAUAAUCUGCUUUUGAAAGUAAUACACCCAUUGGUUGGCCGUCUUCGUGCAUUUGGACUCCUUCAGAACAGAGAUAUUCAGACAAUGAGCCCGCAUGAUUUCCUGAUUUCAAGGGAUAGAUUUCGCCAAGAGCCGCCUCAAGACCUUCCUCAUAUAAAGUAUGGAGAAAUUGAAGGUUAUUUUGGAGUUCUUAUAACAUUGUACCACAUCAGGAAAUUGCUUUCAAGCCAUGGAAUAAGACCAGCAUUUGAGAUGCUUGAUGAGAAAAUUAAACAAGGGUGUUUUGCACGGCAUAUGAGUAGAAAUGAAGAUUUUUUGAAAGCAAAACUUUUAAUGCAGCAAACUCUUUCCCAUGGUGCCCCCAGUCCCAAAUUGGCAAAAAUGCUGGAAGUACUGAUUGGCCAUUUCAAAAUGAAGGAUCCACAACACUCCAGGGUCAUCAUUUUUUCAAAUUUUAGAGGUAGUGUCAGGGACAUACUUAAUGCACUGACAGAUAUUGGGGAUUUUGUUAAAGCUACUGAGUUCAUUGGACAAAGCGCAGGAAAAACCUUAAAAGGACAAUCACAGAAAAUUCAACAAGCAGUUUUACAGAAAUUUCGGACAGGUGGGUACAAUGUCAUUGUUGCAACAUCAAUCGGUGAAGAAGGUCUAGAUAUCAUGGAAGUUGAUCUUGUCAUAUGCUUCGAUGCUAAUGUCUCCCCUUUGAGAAUGAUUCAGCGAAUGGGGAGGACUGGAAGAAAGCAUGAAGGACGAGUUGUAGUUUUAGCAUGCGAAGGGUCGGAGAUGAAGGGUUAUACACGAAAGCUAGCAAGUAGCAAAACUGUUACGAAACACAUGAGAAAUGGUGGGAUGAAUAGCUUUAACUUCCAUCCCAGCCCAAGAAUGGUUCCCCAUCUUUUCAAACCAGAGGUGCAAUUUCUCGAGAUGUCAAUUAAAGAAUUUGUUCCUCGUGGAAAUAAACUGAAAGAUAAUGUCCCUGUCUCGGUGCCCGGAUACAAGACCGAAUUAACCGAUUCCGAGACUGGUUUACUUGCCAAGUAUUUUAAGUCUACGAGUGAUACUUGGAUACCAUCUCUUACUGUCUUUCCUCACUUCCAGGCAUUUCCUUCCCCUGUAAACAAAGUGUUACAUUCAUCUAGAACAGGGUUCCUAAUAGAUACGAUGCAAUAUUUGCAAGGGCUAACAUUUGAUGAUGACAGCAAAACUUUUUCGGCAGAGCAUGAAGAUAUUUCAGAACCUUGCGUCAGAGUCGAAGAAGUGGAGCCUCAUGAAGAAAUAAUAGAAGAUUCAGAGAAUUUUGGUCCUGCUGAAGAGAAAUUGGAAACAGAAGUACCGGAAACUGAAAUAGAAUUCAAGAAAUUUGCUAAGGAUAUAGACUUUGAGGACUUCGACAAACAAAAACCGUGCCUACAUGCUCCUCUAUUUGGUUCGGAAUUUGUAUCGAUUGAUGAUGUUGGAAAUGUCCAGAUCUCAUCCUUACCGGAACUGCCGCUGCAAUUUAAUGCUAAAUGCACGAUCGAUGACAAUAUGGUUCCCGAAUAUCUUUUGGUGCCCGAUUCAGAAGAUCAUGAAGAGGACACUGUGCAUGAUGCUAACGGUAAAGAUGAGGAUGAGGACAUUCUCAACACCCCAAUUUCCAGCAGAAUGCCAAAAGAAAAGGAAUCGAGCAAUGAUAUUAUAGAUUGUGAGCUUAGCCCAAGGCUGACUAAUUUCAUCGAAAGUGGAGUUGUUCCAGAAUCUCCUAUACAUAGUUCUGGACCAUGGAAUGGCGGCAGAGGUAAUUUCGCAGUUCCUGCUCUCGUUUCCUCCCCGAAUUUGGAGACUGAAUUCUCGGUAAAGUCCUUGAAUCUUGAAGAUAAGCCACUAUCAGUUUCGAAAGAAAUGCAAACUCCUAAACUAUCGAACUCGAGCAACAGCAAAGACUGGCUUUUCGAUUCUGGGGUAAGGCCUGAAACAGUUGAGCAGCAAUGUAAGUUCAGAAGGUUGCGCAAGCUUGGGGAUGUCAAAAGGAAUAUUCCUUCAGAAUCCAGAGAACGAACUGGGCCUAGUAGAAAACAUGGAACUUCUAGAGGGACCCACGACCGUAGACCGGCUAAGCUUGUUAAAGGUGAAAAGAAACGAGCAAAUGAUGCUGUACUCUAUAUCGAUGAGGAAGCAGAGGUUUCACCGGAAAUUAUGGCAUCUGAUGACGAGGAGGAUGAACCGGAAAACAGUUCUUACGAAGACAGCUUUAUAGAUGAUGGUACAAAUACUGCAGCAACUAGUACACAAGCCUGUGACAGUAGAACCGAUAUGAUGGCAAUUUACAGGAGAUCAUUGCUCAGUCAAUCUCCAUUUCAAAGAUUUCCCAACUUUGACACAAAGUCUAGUCCCGACUCUGUGGUUCAAAGUAGCAGAAUCGAUGAAAGUGGGAGUUCAUCAGGAACAAAAAACGACGACGCUAAAACUCGUGGCUGCUUUGACUCAACUGCUAUGAAUUCUCAAUUUACAUUAGAUAGUCGUAAAAGAAAGUUGAGCUUUCACCAAACAGCUCAAUCAGUACCGGUAGUUAAUCUAAACCAGGAGUUCUUGUUGAUCGCUGAAGCUGCAUGCGAAAAAUCGUCCAUGCAGAGACAAGAAGAACGAACUGAGGAAAACAUAGAUAUAUUCGAAGACGACCAAUUCUACGAAGGUAUAGAUCUUGAUGCAAUUGAAGAAGAAGCUGCAAAACUACUCAGGCAGAAAACAGAGUGUCUAACUCCGAAAACAGCAACUUUACCCGAGCCUAUUGAACAAAAUCUUGCAAUUUUGGGCUCUCCCUCCUUUGAUCUCGGAUUUUGAUUCUUUUGGUUCAUGGAAUAAUUGGAAGGAUUAUAGUUUACUAAUGUAGAAUAUUAGGGUGCAAAUAUAUUUAUUGAGACCAGAAAGUUGUAGUGAUGAUGUAAAUAGAACGGAGAGGAAUUUUGUAUAUGAAAACGCACUCUUGUGCAGUCUUGGUUUCGUUUUAUGA